AUGAUUUCUUUAUUUCCUAUUGAAAUUUUACAAAAGAUUUUUUCUCAAUUAAAUAUAAAUGUUUUACAUAAUUGUUUAUUAGUCAAUCGAUAUUGGUGUACUACAGUUGUUCCUUUACUUUGGCAAAAACCUUUUGAUUUUUUCGAUUAUCAUAAAGUUCAAAUAUGGAAUAAAGGUUCCAAUUUAACGCAAGUUUACGUUUCUUGUUUAUCCAAUGAAUCAAAAAAUACUUUAAUAAAAGCGAGAGUAAUUUUACCACCACAAAUUUUUAAAAAACCAACUUUCGAUUAUGCUUCGUUUUUACAAUGUUUAGAUUAUAUUUUAUUAUUUCAAGCUACUGGAGUUUGGAUCGAUGAAAAUGAAAAAAUUUCUCAUCGAAAAAUGACUUAUCGUCAUUAUUGUGUGGUAGAAGAAUUAUGCAAAUUAUUUCUUCAUCAUUCUUCAAAUCUCAAAUAUCUUAAAUAUGAUAAAUCACAUGCUUUACCUAUUGCAUCAGAUAUAGGUUAUAUUCAAUUAAAAUAUUUACCAGGAGCUGAAAUUUGUUUAUCAAAACUUGAAGGUUUUUGUAUGAUGGACUUUAUUCCCAAUGAAAUUAUAUUUACUAUUGCUCAAGUUGCUCAUAAUCUUAAAGAAAUAAAGAUAGAAAUUUCUUGUGAUAAUGAUGAUGCUUUGGCUACAUUAUUUGGAUCUCAACAAAAUUUAAAAUCACUUAUAAUUUAUGCGGAAGAUUAUUUACCAACUAUUGCUGAAGCUCUUAAAAAUCGAAUCUCAAAAUUAAAGAGGAUUGAACUUAAUUGGGAAUUCUCUUUACCUUUGGAUUUAUUUGCAGAAUCAACAGAACUUGAACGAUUUUCAGCUUAUCAAUAUUCUAGUAUUGCCACCAGAAAAAUUUUUGAAGUAUUCUCUAAUUCCAAAUUUAAAAAACUUCAAAAAUUACAUUUAAUAACACCAAAAUUAUUUUUAGAUCAAAUUUCAACAUUAAUUAGUAAUACAGAAGGUAGUUUAGUAGAUCUUAAUAUUGAUUAUGAAAGAGCUAAAGGUAUAAAUUAUUGUAAGGAGUUCAUUAUUACAAUUGGAAAAACUUGUCCUAAUAUUAGAAAACUUCGGAUAUUUGUUCCUGAUGAAGCGGUUCCCUUUUUACCUUCUUUAUUAGUAUCAUGUACUAAACUUCAAAAUUUAGAAUUUUUAACUGGGGAUUCACGAGAAGAAUCAGAUGGAAUAAUAACAAUUAAUGUUUCAAAAUAUUUACCAGAAAUGGGUAAAGUUUUACCACCUAAAUUAAGUAACUUUUUUAUGAGUUAUAAUUGGAUUUUAACAGCCGAAUCAUUUAGAGAAUUUUUGGAAUAUAGUGAAAUGAGAUUAGAACCAGGAAGAAAGAUUGAUUUUAAUUUUGGAAAAGAAUUAACAAUUGAACAUGUUGAAAUAGUUGAAGAAUAUGGAGUUAAAGGAAUAUUGAAUAUACAUCCUAGUACUACACUGGGAAAACAUUUAAAAUUCUUUCGAAAUCAAAUUGAAUGGAGAAAUCUAAUUAAUAACGAUCGAAAUAAUAAUCACAAUCGAGCGUAA